ACCACCACACUCACCGCUCCCAUCCCUCCGCGGCAAACUUGACGGUGCUGUGAAAACAAAGGGCAGAUAUGCCUCUCCUCCCCGUAAACUUUCGCUUCCCCAUCCUCAGAUCUCCUCCGGCACCACCAUCCAUCACCGUUGACAUCGCCGAGCAAGAUUUCGACCACGACGGCCUCCUCCGUUCAGGAAGCAACAUUACAGAACCCAUCCUCGGCGAGCCUGAGUUCAAUACAGAACUCAACCGCCCUCCUCCCUUUGUUCUCGCCUUCUACGACCUCACCUACACCAUCAAGUCGCCAAACUCAAAGAAUCUUCCCUACUUCCUCCGCAGCAUCCAUCUCGCAUCUGACAGAGACACCAACCCUCCACGCCGCACCAUACUCGACUCCAUCUCCGGUGAGGCUCGCGAGGGAGAGAUCCUGGCCAUAAUUGGCAGUAGCGGUUCCGGAAAAUCCACCCUCAUCGACGCCCUCGCUGAUCGCAUCGCCAAGCCUAGCCUCGGCAACGGUGGCAUCUUCCUCAACGGCGAGCCCUUGGAAUCCAAAGUCCAAAAAAACAUCUCCGCUUACGUGAUGCAAGACGACCUCCUCUUUCCAAUGCUCACCGUUGAGGAGACCUUCACCUUCGCCGCCGAAUUCCGACUACCGCGGUGGCUCUCCGCCUCAAAGAAGCGUGCACGAGUACAGGCACUAAUCAACCAACUCGACCUUGGCGCCGCUGCAUCGACCAUAAUCGGUGACGAAGGCCACCGUGGAAUUUCCGGUGGAGAGCGUCGCCGCGUGUCCAUUGGCAGAGACAUUAUUCACGAUCCCAUACUGUUAUUCUUAGACGAACCAACAUCUGGGCUGGACUCCACGAGCUCAUUCAUGGUAAUGAAUGUUCUUCAGAGGAUUGCCAGCUCUGGAAGUGUUGUCGUGACCUCGAUCCAUCAGCCUAGCGCUCGAAUUCUGGGGCUUCUUGAUAGGCUAUUGAUAUUAUCCCAGGGGAGGACGGUAUUCUUUGGGAAUCCGAACAGUUUGCUUGAUUUUUUCACCGAUUUCGGGAGACCGAUGGAGCCUGGGGAGAAUAAGGCGGAGUUCGUCCUCGAUGUUGUUCGAGAUCUCGAGGAUGGAACAGACGGCGCCGACAAGCUCGUCCAGUUCUUUCGUUUGCGGUCACAGGGCUCCAUUUCUGGACUGUUAGAAUCUCGCUGGACUCGACUUCCUUCGUCAACUUUCACUCUGCAGGCGGCCAUUACUGCCAGUAUCUCCCGCGGGAAACUCUUCACCGCCGCCAACUUAGAGGCUUCAUCAUCCUCAACCGCAAAGUUGCCGCAGUUCGUCAACCCCUUCUACGUUGAACUCUCCAUCCUGACUCGACGUUCCUUCAUCAACACCUGGCGCAUGCCUGGGAUCUUCUUCAUGCGCCUCGGCUUGGUUCUUGUGACCGGCGGCAUCUUUGCCACCUUCUUCUUCCGGCUUGACUCGUCUCAGUUCGGUUUUCUCGCUCUUGCCAUGUCCACCAUAUACUAUAGCUGCAGCGAUUCUCUCUCCGUCUUCCUUCAAGAGCUCUACAUAUUCCUCCGUGAGACUGCCUAUAAUUCCUAUCGCCGCUCCUCCUACGUCCUCUCCAACUCUCUCGUCGCCCUCCCCUCUUUCGUCCUUCUGUCCCUCACCUUCGCUUCUUCCACCUUCUUUGGAGUUGGACUUGCCCACGGCUCCUCGGGCUUUCUCUUCUACUUUUUAAUCAUCCUAGCCUCUUUCUGGGCGGGAAGCGGCUUCGUCUCCUUUCUCUCCGCUAUCGUUUCCCAGGUCAUGCUUGGAUACUUCGCUGUUGUCGCCAUGCUUGGUUACUUUGUCCUCUUCAGCGGCUUCUUCAUCAACCGAAACAGAAUACCGGACUACUGGAUCUGGUUUCACUACCUUUCUCUGGUGAAGUAUUCAUAUGAAGGGGUUCUACAUAGUGAGUUUGGGGAUAAUGGGAAGUGCUUCGUGACAGGAUUGCAGAUAUUCGAUGCCACUGUGCUGGGAAAUAUGCCGGUGAAGAUGAAAGAGACGGUGUUAAUGGCGACUGGCAGGGCGCUGGGGGUGAGCAUCUCGCCAGAGACGUGCCUUAUGACUGGGGUGGAUAUACUGAAUCAGAACGCAGUUACUCAGCUCGGCAAGUGGUCGUGCCUCGCCGUCACUAUUGCCUGGGGGUUUUUGUUUAGGGUUUUGUUCUACCUGGUGCUUUUGCUCCGAGGCAGGAAUAGGAGGAGGUGA